GUAUGACUCACUUUUACUGAAAGUUUUCUUAAAUUUCCUCAAACACUGGAAAAUAGUAACUGAUAUUGAAAAAGUCCUCAAAUGCUCUUGACACUUGUUUCCUUAUUAACUACAGGAACUUAUUGCAGCAAAUUUCAGGUAAUAUAUAUAAUAUGAGAUAGUGUCCUAGUCGUCAACAUAGAGACAUACUGGCAGUAACGAAAAUACAGAACAUAGUGAGCAGUUUAUUCAGAGAUGUAUGAAUGUUACAGGAUAUAAUAAACCAAGCUGUAAUCAAUUUGACAUUACUGUAUGAAUCUGGGUAAAAUGAUAAGAGACGACGAGGUGGAGUUUACAAUGAAACUAUUAGAUGAUGAUAUAUAUGAGGGGAAGAAAACAGACGAGGAGGACUUUGAGAUGGUGUUUCACAACGAUUUUACAGAAGAUCUCGUGGGUGAUAUAGAUGAAAAAAAUAAACAGAAGUCAAGGACGAUGCGGCAUAGCAGCUCUUACGAAAAUGCUCAGGCAUUUGUUCAAGAAGCUAAAUUAGAUACGGAAAUAGAAGAAGCGGGUACAUUACUCGGUCUGAACAAUUACAUCAACAAUACAAAAGAAUGGUGGGCAAGUAAGAAAAUUAAUGUAGCAAUAACUGGUCAUUCUGGUGUUGGAAAGUCGAGCUUGAUAAAUGCUAUAAGAGGCUUAAAACCAAAAGCUAUCGGGGCAGCUCCUGUUGGAAUUAAAGAAACUACCACAAAAAUACAGAAGUAUGAAUUUCCAGAAAAUGACAAGGUUGUUCUAUGGGAUCUCCCAGGGAUGGGAACAGGGAAAUUUAAACAAGAAACAUAUAUAAACGAUAUGGAGCUAUCUAAAUUUGAUAUAGUACUGGUUGUAACAGCAACUCGAUUUCUAGAAACUGAUGUUUGGCUAGCCGAACAGGCAUGGGGUCUUGGUAAAAAUGUGAUCUUUGUACGAACCAAAUUAGAUUUUGAUCUAAUAAAUGCUAGUAGAGAUGACCAAGAUGCUUUUGACGAGGCGAAAUGUAUAGAAACGAUCCGAAUGGACAUAAGAAAACACGUAAGCUCUUGUAGUGAUGCUGCUGAAUUUAGUGAUGUUAUAUAUUUGGUAAGCAAUCCGGAGCAAGGAAAGUAUGAUUUUCCUUCUCUAGUGACGAAGUUACGAAGUUUAAUGAACAUCAAAGGUGUUUCUAUUUGUCGAGUAUUACAACAACAUCUUGAAAAAGCAAUAAAAGCAAAGAGAGAUGCUGCCAAACAUGAAUUUACCAGCUCGAAAGUAGUUUCAGCACUGUAUGGAUUUUUACCUGUGCCAAAACUUGAGACAGCUCUGAACCAACACAUAGUUGAGAAAAUUCGGAGCAAGUGUCUUGUGAAAUUCAAUUUAGAUGAUGAGUCCCUCGGCAAAGUUUCAGAUGAAAUAGACCUAUCCGUUGAAAGUCUUAAAGCUUAUCAUUUGAGCGCGUUCAAUACAGAACAACUGAAUCAUGUUGAUAAACUGUACACUCAAAGUGAGGAGUUUCGGUUCUCAAAGUUUCGGCGCUAUUCAAAGUAUAUGAUACCCGUAAUAGGAAGUGUAUUGUCCGCAUGUAAGGCCCCACAUACGAUACAAGACUGUGUAGAUAUCAUCUGUGGCAUCAUGGCAGAAGAUGAGUAUUACUUGGUCCAGCUCAGGCUUGAAAAAUUGGAGAAGCAGUUGCGACCAAUUUAGAUUAAACAAGCAGCUGCAACCAUUUUUUCAAUUAGAGAAUCAGAAGUGGCCAUUUUAAAUUAAAUAAACAGCUGUGGCCAUUUUAAAUUAGAGCAAUAGCUGGCUGCGGCCAUUUUUAGUUAGAGAAAUAACUGCGGUCAUUUACUAUUAGGAAGCAGCUGCAAAGAGAAACAGUUUUGAAUUAAAGAAACAGAUAGGACCAUUUUGAGUUAACCAUUUUGAGUUAGUGUAGCAGAUGCGACCAUGUUCAGAAAGGGAAGCAGAUGCGAUCAUUUUAAGUUAGGGAAGCAGAUGCGACCAUUUUCAGUUAGGGAAAUUCAAACAGAUGCGACCAUUUUCAGUAAUGGAAGCAGAUGCGACUAUUUUUAAGGAUAGAAGCAGGUGCGACCAUUUUUGGUUAGGGAAAUUCAAACAUAUGCAACCAUUUCAGUAAGGGAAGCAGAUGCGACUAUUUUUAAGGAUAGAAGCGGAUGCGACCAUAUUUGGUUAGGAAAGCAGCUGCGACUUUAAGAUUACAGUAUCAGCUGCUACCAUAUUAGAUAAGAGAAGAAGCUGUGACUAUUUUAACCUCAAAUUAGGGAAGCGGGUACGACCAUUUUAAAUUUUAUAUAUGAAAGAAACAUCCAUGACCAUUAUAUAUUAGAGAAGCAGCUGCGGCUAUUUUAGUUACAGUUGAAGUCUUAUUGGUAUAAGGGAGGAUUUGCAAGUGAUAAAGGGCGAGCCUCGCUUUAGUCAAUAAGAUUUUACUUCAUAUUUUCUCACUUACUAUGAACAUAAACUAUAUUCACAGCAACGCUACAUACAUUCAUGUAUACCAACAGCAAUGAAAAGACAUACUCUUAGCCUGGCGCCCCUUGUUUAAAUAAUACAUAUAAGCACAGAUUUAUACAUGUACAUGUAUAUAUCAUAUCGUGACUUCAAACGCAUUCAUAAGUUUUUGACAAAGUGAUGUGAUAUAAUAGGGACAGAGUCAUCUUUGAUUAUGAUUGUAUUUGUUUCUUAAUUCUGCAUCAUAUUAUUUGUUUCAUCAUAUUAUUGUUUUCAUCAUAUUAUUUUUUAAUUAUGAUUAAAUCCAUUGUAUAUCUAAUUAAAUGUAAGUUUU